CGACGCCUACGCUGCAUUUCCUGCAAGACUGAGAGGAGGAGCCACCUUUGUCCCCAAAGCCAUUCUGCUCUUUAACUCCAGCAGAUAAGACCAUCCCCUGAUAAACCCUCUCCUUGGGCUCUCCAUAUAUUUAACUUUUAUACAGACGACACUUUAGUCACUUUAUUCACUUACUCAGUGAUUUUUGCAUAUUUUACUGUUUUAUCCAUCUUCUUGCUGCUUUAUUACUUCCUUAUUGCCUAUUUAUUCAAUGUUCCUGGCCUGAAUUUGUGCACAAAAAUGCAACAAAAAAAAAGUGAUGCUUACUCAGAUUCAGAAAAAGAAACAAGUUCAGAGAGCUCUGAGGAUGAGGAUGUUUGAUUCAGAGGGAAGAGAUACAGUGGGAAAAAAAUAAAUCAAUGUUGCACUUUCUAUAUGUUCUUGUGUGUAUUGCAGUAUGUGUGCGUUUUUCACAACAACAGUGUUAAUAAAAUGACAAAAUCUUCAUUCAGUGGCAUUCAUAAUCUCUUUUUUGACUGCAGAAAAAAAUGGCUAGUGGAAAUCCAAGGUGAUGAUCAUAAAGGUUAAUUUUGAACCCUGGUUUUUACAAUGAAAGAAAGUUUAUAUUUUGGAUUUGUACUUCGUUCUCACUUGGUGUCGUUCUUAUCCUGACCAGCAGGUGGCGGUAACACGUUCAUCGUUCUCCAAGCGCCAACCAAAACCAAGACGAAGAAGAAGUAAAGGACUGUUGGCAAACUUAGCUUGUUGUAUGAGGUGAAUAUUGAGUCUCCGGCUUAAACAUGUAUUCAGGAGAGUCUCUGAUGGACUUUGUCAACAAGCAAGUAGCUACUGCUAGAAAACUCAUCACGAAGGUUGAAGAAGCCUUGGCCCAGUUCGAGGAAGGGCUCGGUGAUCAGCGCAGACUGUCGGAUGUGAGCUGGGAACCACAGAGCCGCUCACACGGAGCAGAACUUCCACAGCAUCAUGUCUGGGAAAACAAGAUGACUCUGACUGACCAGCAGCUCUCUAAACAGAAAUGGACCUCCAGUUUGGACCAGAAGGAACCAGAACCUCCACUGAUGAAAGAGGAACAACAAGAACUCCUUAUCCAUCAGCAUGAAGGGCAGUUUCUUCUGAAGCAGGAAGUUGUUACCUUCAUGGAGCCUUCUCCUUCUGAAGAAACAGACUGUCAUGAACCAGAACCAAACAAGAACCAACCCUUGUGUCAGAGUACUACAGAAGCUGAGAACCAAGAUCAGGGUGGAUGCAGGAAAGAAAACUCAGAAUCAAACAGCAAUGAAGAACUGACACGUAAUAAAAUAUGCCAAUCCAAAGAUCACAGAGACAGUGUAGAUGAUAAAAAACAAAAAAGGCACAAGAGGGCUCACACAGGUGAGAAGCCAUAUCCAUGUAAAACUUGUGGUAAAUGUUUUAAUGUCAGUAGUUCCUUGACUAAACACAUGAGAAUUCACACAGGUGAGAAGCCAUAUCCAUGUGAAACUUGUGGUAAAUGUUUUAAUGUCAGUAGUUCCUUGACUAAACACAUGAGAAUUCACACAGGUCAGAAGCCAUAUCCAUGUGAAACUUGUGGUAAAUGUUUUAAUGUCAGUAGUUCCUUGACUAAACACAUGAGAACUCACACAGGUGAGAAGCCAUUUUCAUGUAAAACUUGUGGUAAAUGUUUUAGUGACAGUAGUUCCUUGACUAAACACAUGAGAACUCACACAGGUGAGAAGCCAUUUUCAUGUAAAACUUGUGGUAAAUGUUUUAGUGGCAGUGGUUCCUUGACUAAACACAUGAGAAUUCACACAGGUGAGAAGCCAUAUCCAUGUAAAAUUUGUAGUAAAUGUUUUAGUGACAGUAGUCCCUUGAAUACACACAUGAGAACUCACACAGGUGAGAAGCCAUUUCAUUGUAAAAGUUGUGGUAAAUGUUUCUCACAGAGUGCUGCUUUGAUUUAUCACAUGAGAAUUCACACAGGUGAGAAGCCAUAUCCAUGUAAAACUUGUGGUAAAUGUUUUAUUGACAGUAGUUCCUUGACUACACACAUGAGAACUCACACAGGUGAGAAGCCAUUUCAUUGUAAAAGUUGUGGUAAAUGUUUCUCGCAGAGUGCUGCUUUGAUUUAUCACAUGAGAACUCACACAGGUGAGAAGCCAUAUCCAUGUAAAACUUGUGGUAAAUGUUUUAGUGGCAGUAGUUCCUUGACUACACACAUGAGAACUCACACAGGUGAGAAGCCAUAUUCAUGUAAAACUUGUGGUAAAUGUUUUAGACUCAGUGGUCACUUUACUACACACAUGAGAACUCACAUUAGGGCUGCACGAUAUUAGGAAAACCUGCGAUAUUCGAUAACAGUGCUUAAUAUUGUGAUAUCGAUAUUACUCACGAUAAAUGAACAAAUACUAAAGUAUGCAGUGUUGAUGUCGUCUGGUGUGUGACGGCUGCUCUGGGUUUAAAGCAAACAAAAACUAAUGCAUGAAUUCCAUUACAACAUAACAUUUUUUGUGCAAAAAUAUGCAGCUGCACCUGCUACUGUAUUAGCAGCAAAACAACAAACUGCAUGCAUGCAGUUUCUCAGUGACUUAAAAACAUCACCACCACCAUAAAACUUUUUCUGAUGCUCCAAAUACAGAAAAACAUCCCUUACCAGGGUUUUUGAGUAAAUAAAAAAAAAUAAUCAGAAAAUAAGUUUAAAUGUUAAAUAAUAGUUAACAUCACUUAAAUGCAACAGCAAAUUCUCUCAUUGCUACUGAACAUUUUCUCCACUUAUGUGGUUAUGAUAAAAGGCUGUUGCUGUAAUUGGGAAGUGAUCUGUGCUGGGCCAAACUAGGAGAAUAUUAAGAUUUUCUGAGGGAAAGAGAAAAACAAUUGUCUACCUGUCAGAAGAGGAACUGGCAAAAAAACUGCAUGGAAAAUAUGUGAAAACGUUUGUUUUUGACCCCAAAUUGAACAAGUUUACCUAGAUCUUAAAAAGCAGCUCAGAUGAUGAAACUGCAACUAUGAUUCUGAUAACAAGCUAACAAAUUGAGCUAGCUCCUCUAAGAUAACCGGCUAGCAGAGCUUCUGACUGACAGUUUAUGUGCAGCCAGUGCUGGACUGACCAUAGGGCAUAGCGGGCAACUGCAAAUCGUUUUGGCGGGUACUGUUAAAAUAUUACUAGCCAGUUUGGCCGGUGAUUCGGAGGCAACCAAGCAAUUCAUGUCAGAGACGCUCUGGGUCGUUUGCCCCCUCCUCCCCUCCUCGAAGACGAGUCACGACUGUGAGGGAUUUAUCUCCUCACUAAUAGUUAUUCCUCUUGUUUGUUUACUCCUGUAUUUUUGUGUGUUUUAGGUCAAAUAUGCUUGGUAAUCUAUAAAUUACUUUAAGUUAAGUUGAUCUAUUGGUGUUCAUCACUCCCUUCUUUCUGAGGUCAUUUGUUUAAGUGUUGCCAUGGAAGCGCGCCCAUAGGCAGCCAUGAUCAGUUCCUGGUGUGCUUAAUCAGCUCUACUGAGGGAGAAACUAACUGACUGAAGAGAGGGGGGGUUAUCUUGUGUUUGUUUAAGUGUAGUUGUUCUUGUUUUUGUUCUUUUGAGUUAAGGUAGUAGGUAAAUAUGUAAAUAGAUUGUUUGACAUAUUUUGUUGAGGUGUUGAGAUGUACUUUAUUGAUUGCAGGAUUUGAAGCUAAUGUUUCCCCUGCCCAUGUCAUAAUGGCUGGUUCCAAGUUAGCUUUAAAAAGGGUGGAUUCGGUACUGUUGUGGUUGAUUGCUAGCCUAGUGAACUAGACCAAAUUCUUGCUUUGCAAAGUUUGGUCUACGUGGCUUUCCAGGCUAGUUGAUUGCUUGUUAAGGGGAAUCCAUGCCCCAAUGUCAUGGAUUGUUUGCAUUAAAAAAAAAGGAUAAAAAGU